GGUAAACAGGAAGUCCCUGCAGGUGUGGAGACACGCCCGCAGAAACCUGAAGCUCCCGGAAAAAGUUUUUUCGUUUAGUCUCUCUCAGUUGAAGUCAGACAGGUGGACGACAUAAUCUAGUCUGAGAGACGUUUGUGAACAUCUCGACCGAAGAAAAGCCUUUCUUUUAAAAACACUUUUGAAGACGGUUUUUUCCAUCGUUGUAAAACGAGAUUUAGAUUUGAUAGUUUUUUUGCGCGCAGUUUGAAUUCGUUGCCAACACUCAUCAUCCAGGUGAGCAGGCCUGCAGGUUCACCUGCACGAACAGCCGAACUACUGCAAAUCGAAGAAAAUAACAAGAAGAGAAAUUAGAGGGAGUAUUUCAGGUGUAAUUUCAGCUUCGACCCCUGAUGGACUACAUGGACAGUGGACUGAGAUACACCCCGAAGUCGGACAAAGACUGGGACACCGCUGUCCAGUUCCUGCCAGCCUCGGAUAAUAAAAAACUCGAGAAGAAAAAGGGUCCGGGGAAAGUCGGGCCUGUGAUCGGUGUGGUGAUCUUUGCUGCUGUUAUUGCGCUUAUGACCGGACUGCUGGUCUGGCAUUUCCACUUCCGUAAAGAUGUUCGGGUCAAGAAGAUGUACAGCGGCUCCAUGCGGAUCACCAACCAGGUUUUUGAAAACAGCUAUGAGAACUCCAACAGCUCCGAGUUCAAGGCGCUGGCGAAGCAGGUGACUUCACAGCUUAAAGCCAUCUAUACCAAGAGUCCGCAGUUGGCCAAAUACUAUGUUGGUUCUACAGUUCAGGCUUUCAGUGAAGGCAGCGUCAUCGCCUACUACCUGUCUGAGUUCAGAGUCCCUGUAGGCCAAGAGUCGUCUGUUGACAGCGCCAUGUCUGCAAUCGACAAGCUAGUGGACAAAGAGCAGCGUAGCGUGUACAGACCUGGCAACUCUCUGGUCCUCGAAGAUGUGGUUUCCUCAGCACUUGAUGCCCGCAUGCUUUCAACGUCAUUCAGCAGAUUUCUGAAGUAUUCAGAACAUACAAGGCCGAGUCAGCUCGGGCAGAUAGAGUCCCCCGGCUUCCCCAACGAACCUUAUCCCUCCAACACAUUCAUCCAGUGGCAGCUGAGAGCUGACCCCAACUAUGUCAUCAAGCUUGACUUUGAUACGAUGAACCUGGAAGAAAACUGCAAGAAUGACUUUGUCAAGAUCUACGACUCCCUGGUGGCCAUUGAGAGCCGAGUCAUGGAAGAGAUGUGUGGGUACUACUCACCCAGUGAACCACUGACCUUUCUGUCUUCUCGCAAUGUCAUGCUGGUGACAAUGGCCACAAAUGACAAGAAGAACUACCCAGGUUUUAGAGCACAAAUCUCACAAGUUAAGCGUGGAAGUAUAGGUACAUCAUGCGGCGGCCAGCUGACAGGCAAUAACGGCGAGUUCAUGUCUCCUAACUUCCCAAAUUACUAUCCACCUCAAACUUUAUGUCAGUGGACUAUCAAGGUCCCCGCUGAUAAGGCAGUGAAGUUGACGUUCAAAAAGUUCCUCUUGUCUGAGCCCGGACAGGAAAACCAUAAAGACUGUCGCAAAGACUAUGUGCAGAUCAACGGAAAGAAAAUAUGCGGAGAAAAGCCAGACGGAUCAGUGACAGAAACCAGUAACACCAACACAAUGAAUGUGGUGUUCCGCUCUGAUGCCUCCUAUGUGGACCGAGGUUUUAAGGCUGUGUUUGAGGCCAUAGAUGUCAAAGACCCUUGUCCGAAGCAGUUCCAGUGCAACAACCAGCGCUGUAUUAAGUCUGAGCUCAAGUGUGAUGGUUGGAACGACUGUGGAGACAUGAGUGACGAGUUAAACUGCAAGUGCAGCCCAAAAGACAUCAGUUGUAAAAAUGGGUUGUGUAAGCCCAUGUUCUGGAAGUGUGACGGCGUCAAUGACUGUGGAGACGGCACAGAUGAGCUGAAUUGUGGUGGUUGUAAAUCUGGACAGCUAACGUGUAAGAAUGGCAAAUGUGUUUCCGAGAAGACUCACUGUGACGGCAGAGACGACUGCGGGGAUGGGUCAGAUGAGCUCGAAUGUCCACGUGGCUCUGAUGUGAGAUGCACCGAGCUUACAUAUAGAUGUAAAAACAAUAAAUGCAUCAGUAAAGUAAACCCAGAAUGUGACGGGACAUCUGACUGUGAAGAUGGAUCUGAUGAGGCGAACUGCGACUGCGGGAGGAGCAUGUUUAAGACGUCAAGAAUUGUCGGCGGUCAGGAUGCGGAAGAAGGGGAGUUCCCCUGGCAAGUCAGCCUCCAUGUCAAAGAAUACGGUCACGUGUGCGGAGCAUCCAUCAUCAGUCCGCGCUGGCUGGUCACUGCGGCCCACUGUGUGCAGGAUGACGGCAGGACGAGAUUCUCUCAGCCCGGCACUUGGGAAGCUUACCUCGGCCUUCACACCCAGCGAAAUACUGGAAGUAAAGUGGUGAAGAAGAACCUGAAGCAGAUCAUACCCCAUCCUAACUACAACGCAUACACAUUUGACAACGAUAUCGCCCUGAUGGAGCUGGACAGUCCCGUCACGUACUCCGAUUACAUUAGGCCCAUUUGCUUACCAGCUGCCCAACACGAUUUUCCAACUGGCAACACUGUGUGGAUCACGGGAUGGGGCGCCACUCGGGAGGGAGGAUUUGCUGCAACAGUGCUCCAAAAGGCCCAGGUCCGUAUCAUCAACCACUCUGUGUGUAAUGAUCUGAUGGGAGGGCAGAUCACAUCGAGGAUGUUGUGUGCUGGAGUGCUGAGCGGAGGAGUCGAUGCUUGUCAGGGGGACUCUGGUGGUCCUCUGUCCAGUCCAGCCAAAGGUCGUACGUUCCUCGCAGGAGUGGUCAGUUGGGGUGACGGCUGCGCCCGCAGAAACAAACCUGGCAUCUACACAACAGUCACCAAAUUCCGUGGCUGGGUCAAAGAAAAGACAGGAGUGUAGAACAACGCGAAGUGGUCGAACAAGGCCACGGACAUGAACACAGACUGAUGACGAGUACUUAAGUACGGAUCGUUGCCUCAGAAAAACCCCACUCUGACUUUCCAGCUGAUGUAUUUGCCUCCAAUUCCAGUCGUAGCUGCAGUCGAAAAUGCACUGUUUGCUUGAAGAGCGAUUGCAACACAUUGUAUGUGUAAUUUUAUGAGGGUGGGGUUGAUGAAAUGUAAAUAAAUGUUUUAUUUUUGUGUGGGUUUUUUGUUUGUUUUCUGCUGUUGUUGUUGUUUUAAUGGAGAACGAUGUUAUGUGCCGCACAAGAAAUAGAUUUUAGGCGUGAUUGUUACACAUUUUUACACUCAACCUGUGAAAUGUACAUCCCUGUGCUCUGUUGUCCGGUGCUUCGUCAGUUGCCAUCAUAAGAAUUUUCCACCACUUUUCCUUGUUGUCUUUGUUCUGAAAUGUAUAAAUUAAAACAAAUUGACAGCAAGCUCAAUCCAUCCUACCUCCUAUGGCUUGGUAUCUUACACAUUUACUCAUGACUUUUGUCCAACAGAGAUCCCUGAGUGCACCCCCUGACUUCCGAAUGCAUUAGCCUGUUCAUCAUGGAUGACACUUCGUUUUUAACAACUUUGAAUUUAAUAUGACCUCUCAUCCAGUUAUCACUUCAUUAGUACAAUCUGUUUAGUUUAACAUAUCUGAACUCUGUGUAAAUGUGUAUUAUAGAUGGUUUUUAAAUAAAAAUAUUUCUUAUGCAGAACUCCA